AUGUUAACGUUGGGAGAUUUGAUUACUCAUGGUGAAGCUAAGGAGCAAGAAAGGGCAUUCUUUGUGUUCGGAGACUCUUUGGUUGACAACGGCAACAAUAAUUACUUGUUGACAACUGCUAGGGCCGAUGCCCCACCUUACGGCAUUGACCACCCGUCUCAUCGGCCGACGGGACGGUUCUCAAAUGGGCUUAACAUUCCCGAUAUCAUCAGUGAACACAUGGGUUGGGAGCCCACACUGCCAUACUUGAGCCCAGAGCUUAGAGGGCCCAAACUAAGAAUUGGUGCCAACUUUGCUUCUGCUGGUGUGGGUGUGCUUAAUGACACUGGAAUUCAGUUUGUUAAUAUAAUUAGGAUAUACCAACAACUGAAUUAUUUUAAGGAGUAUCAAGAAAGACUAGGAGCACUAAUAGGAGAAGAAGAGACCGAGAGAUUGUUGACCGACUCAUUGACUCUCAUCACAUUAGGUGGAAACGAUUUUGUCAAUAAUUACUAUUUGGUCCCUUACUCCGCAAGGUCUCGCCAAUUUACCAUCGACAAUUAUGUGCCCUUUGUCAUAUCCGAGUAUCAAAAGGUCUUGGAGAGACUUUAUAGCCUAGGGGCUCGUCGGGUGAUUGUGACGGGAACGGGCCCACUAGGGUGCGUCCCGGCUGAGCUGGCGUUGCAUAGUAGAAACGGUGAAUGUGCCGAAGAGCUGCAAAGGGCUGCCGAGCUAUUUAACCCUCAACUCGAGCGUAUGCUUAGGGAGCUCAAUGAUGAGAUUGGACACGAUGUUUUUAUUGCAGCUAAUACGAACCAAAUGCACAUGGAUUUCAUAUCCGAGCCUACACGUUUUGGAUUUAUUACCUCAAAGAUAGCUUGUUGUGGACAAGGCCCAUAUAAUGGGCUGGGCCUUUGCACACCACUCUCAAACUUGUGCCCAAACAGAGAUCUAUACGUCUUUUGGGAUCCGUUUCAUCCAUCAGAAAGGGCCAAUAGAAUGAUAGUACAGCAAAUAUUGGGAGGCUCUGAAGAGUACAUGAAGCCCAUGAACCUCAGCACUAUUAUGGCCUUGGAUUCAAAGGCUUGA